AUGUCCGCGAUUGGAGUGGUGGAGCACCCUACGCGACGCCCAUGCGAUCGCUGCCGUCAUCGCAAGUCGCGAUGUAUACGGGAGCCAGAGAAAGACAACUGCGCAUUUUGUAACUUGAACGGUCUCGAAUGCACAUUCCUUCAUGGUCCUCGACCGCGGAAAAGGACCAGGAAGUCGCCGAGCACAACAGAAAAGAUAAAAAGACGGAGACACAGCUCUCCAACCCCAUCCACUAGUGGCUCUGUCGAAGAACAGACCAUAGCUGAUCCAAUCAAUUCACGACUGGAUGGUACAUUAGGUCUGGAGCUUCAUCUGCAUUCCGAGUAUAUUGGUCCUGCUGGCUAUCAUGAACCUGAACUUGUCGAUUUGCGGCCAUCAGCUAUGUCACCCGCUAACCACGAGAGAAGUUAUCCGCGACGUGUGAAUCAAUUCGCCGCAUUCAUCACCUACCCUGACAAGGACUCGGCUUCUGAGAUGCAACGCAUCAACGACCUAGAUCGCAUCGAGGAAUCGAUACGUCCGCUGGGGCCAACCUUGGUAAAUCUUUAUUUUCGCAUCAUGCACCGCACAUUCCCGAUUCUGGACAAGGGCGUGUUCCUGGAGAAAUAUGCCCGGUCCUACCGCGAGUUCUCACCACCGCUACUCGCUGCUAUUUACCUUGUCGCGCUAGACUGGAAGCUCUUUGAUCGAACUCUGGCCACUGCAUCUCAGACACCAGACACCAAAGCUCUAGAGAAUCUAGCAAUGCGAGCCAUGGACGACGAUCUGAAGCGGCCUAAGCUUUCCACAUUACAGGCUGGCCUGUUGCUAUUGCAAAGAAUGAGGUCUUCUCACAGCACACUUCCGGCUCAACUCCUAUCACUCGGGCAAACUUUGGGAAUUCAUAUCGACUGUGCGAGCUGGAAAAUCCCCGAAUGGGAGAAAGGUCUCCGACGACGCUUAGCUUGGGCCCUAUACAUGCAGGACAAGUGGGGUGUUCUUGUGCACGGGCGACCAUCUCUCAUUCGUGCUCAGAUUGACGAAGAUGAUGGGACAAGCGACUGGGAUGUUGGCCCGUGUACAGUCAACGACUUUCCAGAGGAAGCGACCAGCGAAGAAGAGAAUGGAGACGGAGGUGUAGACGGACACGCGGGUCGGGCGGCAUUCCUGCAAUCUAUUGAAUUAACUAAGAUCUUCAGCCGGAUUGUGUCCACAUUUUACUCCAUCGGCGCAACUAAAAAAGGCGGACUACUUGAGCGGAUUGGACCGUCAGGUGCGAUGAGUUUGGCAAAACCCCUGGUGAUGGAGUUGCGCGAAUGGCAUGCGGCAUUGCCCGCCAGCCUCCAGCUGGAACCCACACCCUCAUUACGGCUAUCGACGAACGGGGCCUUGCAUCUCUCACAUAUGGCAACAGAGCUAACCAUACACCGCGCAUUACUCCGUGUUCUGACCCCCGAUAGCGCGCCAUCGCUUCGUUCGGCAAUUCGAACUGCUGCCCGCGCGCGACUAACUUCGGCCAUGAAAUUGAUGGAAUCUUUCCAGCCCGAACAUAUUCAAUCAUUUUGGGGGUUCGCAGCUGCAGCCCAGGCAGCUUUAGUCGGUGCCUUUGCUGGUCUCUUAUGGGCAACGAGUCCUCAAAUGGAUGAAGCAGCGGGGUACGUUGAACAACUCGAAAAGCUCCGCUGGGUUCUGCAAGUCCGGGCAUCCGCUGCUCCAUUUGCUCGCGAGGCACUUCGUAUGCUUCACGAAGAAGUCGGUGAUUUGGCUGCUGUCAAGGCAGCCACACUCCGAGACCCUUAG